UUGAUGAAAAUGAGAGAGAGCAAAGAUGAAAGCGAUAAAGUUGGGCUUCAAAGAUGGAUUUUGAUGGUUGAGCUUGCAGAGGCUAAAGGGUUGAAAGUAUUUCCUGCAAUUCAACGGAUAAAAAAUGGAAUAUCUAACGAAUUUGAAUUGAAUAGAAUAAAGAUUAAUUGCAGUGAAGAGAAUGAGACAAUAGAGAGAAUUGUGAUGAGGGAGAUUGCAUUUGAAAAUAGUGGCUCCGAACUCUUUCGAUCACCAUCGGCGACCGCAUGUGCGUUCAUGACAAGUGGAAACCAAACUUACAAAACUUACCUUCAAAACUUACUUGUGGAUUGCCAACAGGGAGUUCCUCCCAUAUACUUAGCGGAUAAAGAUGUGAUUAAACUUUGGGUAGUUGAUCACUUGGAGAGGCUUGGAUGUGCAGAGCAUUUCAGUGAAGAUAUUAGGCAUGUGAUGGAUCACCAAUACCGGAAAUGGAUUGAAGAAGAAGUACAAGUCCCAAAAAGCAAGGAUGUGGCAUUCCAAAUUUAUAAAGACUCUUUAGCUUUUCGUCUCUUAAGGAUGCACGGGUAUCAAGUUUCUCCAGGAAGGUUUUGCUGGUUCAUUGAUGAUAAGGAAAUGUUAUCACACAUAAAAUACCAUUACGACUUCUUUCUUGGCCCAAUGUUUAGCAUUUACAAAGCAUCGCAUAUUGCAUUUCCAGACAAUCAUGAACUCGACAAAGCAGGAGAGUUUGCUCAUCAAAUCUUGCAGAUGGGAAUCUUCAGCAUGAAAUCUAAAAAUGAAACCGAACAUUCAGCUACAUCAACUAUAUUUCAGCAAGAUAUUGAGCAUGAGUUCGGGCUUAAAUGGUUAGCUCGAAUGGACUUUUUGGAGCAAAGGUUGUACAUUGAAAGAGGAGGAAUCUAUCUCUUUUGGAUGGGAAAUAAUUCUCCUUAUUGCAAAACCUUACAAAAUGGUGGCUUGCUCGAGCUUGCCAUUGAUAAUUUUAUGACGAGACAAUUAGUAUACAACAAGGAGCUUGAUGAAUUGCACAGGUGGGCCAAGGAUACUGGCCUCUCCACAAUGGGAUUUGGUCGGGAGAAGACAACAUAUUGCUAUUUUGCUGCAGCUUCAUCAACUUGCCUCCCUCUUAACACAAAUUCAAGGAAGGAAGCAGUAAAAAGUGCAAUCUUAAUUACAAUUGUAGACGAUUUUUUCGAUGAGAAAGCCUCACUCCAUGACUUAUCUAUCCUAACAGAUGCAGUGCAAAGAUGGGAAGGAAAAGGUCUAACAAGUCAUAGCAAAGUUAUUUUCACCGCCCUCGACAACUUUGUUCAUGAUAUUUCUUCAAAAAUCUUUAGGCUGCAUGGCCUUGAUUUGAAGGAAAAUCUUCAAGAUAAUUGGAAAGAAAUAUUCAAGUCAUGGCUAAAGGAAGCAGAGUGGAGCAGAAGUACUCAUUAUAUUUCAAUUGAUCAAUAUAUUGAAAAUGGGAAGACAUCAAUUGCAGUUCAUAUGAUAAUUCUUGCAUUAUGUUAUUUGACAAACUCAAGAAUCGAUAUUGAAGAGAGUUGUUGGGACUUGAGGAAUAUAAUGAUUACCCAAUCUAUUAUGACUUCAUGUCGCCUGCUAAAUGACUUGGAGAGCUAUGAGAAAGAAGCUUUGGUUGGCAAGCCCAACAUUAUUUUGUUAUACCUGAAAGAGAAUCCAAAGGAGGGGAUUGAUGAUGCCAAAGCAUUUGUGAUGAACAUUUUGGAAAAAAAGAAAAAGAAAAUUCUGCAACUAGUGAUGUCCAAGGAUUCUACCAAGUCUGAGAUGCCAACAGAGUGGAAGGAUUUGCAUCUAUCUGCAUUAAAAGUUUUUCAAAUGUUCUUUAACUCUACGAAUGCAUUUGACUCACCAACCAUGCUAGUCGAGAGCAUUAACAAGGCAAUCUAUGAACCAUUAGUGAACAGAAAAGCAAGCCAACCUGCUUGGUUCGUUUAUAAUGAAUUAUAAAUAAAAAAUAUUUUAGCACCAUAUACAAGAGUAAAGAUUGGAAGAGCAAGAAAAAAGAGGAGUCAAUCGAAACUUGAUUCAAAUAAAUGUCAGGAUAAGUGGACAAGCAAAAUUUUGCAUUGUCCUUUUAUUGCAUUUAAUACAUCUACAAAAGUAUGCUUUGAAAGUAUCAGCUUUGGUGGCAUAUCUUGGAGCUGGAGCAAAUAAAUUGUCAGAGAAACCAAAUGGAUAUGCACUAUAUGUGUUUGUGCUAAUUAUUGUUCUCUCUCUCU